CUAAAUUUUGAUCGUUUGCAAAUUAGGAUUUCAUUUUAUUCAAUUUUCCCAAUGAAUCUCCGGCCGAGAUCGUUCUAAUCGGUGAAGAGGAUGGUUCUGGGCUUGAUUCGGAUGCUCAGAUUUGAACGGUAAAGAUGCGAGGAGAGCGCUCAGUUUCAGCGGCAGAAGGCGGAGGGAGUUCGUAUGUGGAGCUUGCGACGAUUGAAUCGGCGGCGGGCUCCAUGGACGGCGCAUUCGUUUUCCAUGUCGUCUACGAUAUCAUCGGCUUCGCCCUCUUCAUGCACCAGCAGAUCCCUUCCCUGUUGCAGGAUCUCACCUCCGAGUUCGACGAAUUGCUGGCCGAAUUUAAGGAAUUGGAGGCAGUUCUCGCCCACGAGGAAACUACAGGUCCGGCGAGGAGGAAACACGCCUCUAGAAAGAGGGAGGUGAGGGUUUGUAUGAGAAGAUGGAACAAAUUCAUGAACACGAUCUCGAAUGUGAAAACUGCUCUUCAACUGAUGCUCACGGAGGUUCCGAGCAUUGAGACUUUGCUUCUGGUUAUCGGAUCCACUCCUAUUCGCCCACUGCAUGUCUUUGAACUGCAUUUUUCACAGGGAGGAAGGGUUCGUUCGCCCGAUUAUUCGAGGACCAGAGCCGUGGAGACAAUAUCGAAGAAGGCUAUAAGGGAAUUAGUAUCAAGAGGCGCUGGUUCCAGUUCCAAUCCAGGUGCUACAAAGCUCUAUCUGCUAGUCAGAGCUCCAUCAUCACUCAGUUUGCCUUUGCAUUUUGUUCCCAAACGGGACUUCAGGUUCAGCAAGAAGAAGGUGGAGCCCUUUAAGCUGGUGUUCAAGUGCAAAGUUAAUGGUGAUCUUGGAAAGACGCCGGGCAGUGCUGACAAUCAAGAUGCCAACACAAUGACUUUCACGGAUUCAGCAUUUGAUGAUAUUAUCUGGUUUCAAUGUAGGCAUGUUAUCAAGGGAUUCGCUACCCGGACAUCGCCAACUGAAGAAGAUUAAUACAUCUGGUGGUUGCAUCCCUGCUGAAGUGAACUCAGCUUUCUUCCAACUUAAACUGAAAGCAUCAGGCUUGUUCUUGUUGUUGUUCUACUAGUCUACUACAAGAGAUGGUUUUACAUGGGCUGAUCAGUUUAGUACUUGAUUGACCUGUGUCUUGCACUCUAACCAUGGUUAGAUUGUUGAUUCAUGUUGCUAGAUGCAUGAUAAGUAUUACUUCUAUCACAUUUUUUUUAAAGAUAAAUGGUGGCAAUGCUUACAUUGUAUAACAAGAGCUAGCUAAAUGCUACAUGUCUUGAAAAUUCAAGGGAAAUGGAAUGAUUUUCCUUGAUCCACACUUGCAAUGGCCAGACCGAUGGUCCCUUUGGAUUGAAGAGAACUAACUACGAAGAUGGAUUGGUUUUGCAGAGAAACUAGUUAUGCAUCAUAUGCUCAAAGAUGAAUAACAAUUAUGAUAUGUGCAUCUAUGUACUUUCUUAGUUCAUUCGAUAUGAUGUUUAACGACAAGGAGUAAAGAAAUUGGAGGGAAGUGUUUCUCGCGACUAAUUCUUAGUUUCUUACCAUAACGCCGAUCAGCUCCAAAAUGCCUUCGGGAAACGUUCACGAGCUGUUAUGGAAUUCAUAAAUGUGCAUAUAUUUA